AAAGAAAGCGCAGCGCCACGACGAGAAUUGCAAUUAACGUUUCAAGACGUCGAGUCUUUUCGCGCCUGAACGGAUCUCGAGGUUGGCAAGCGUGCGCGACUGCACGAUGCUGCGGCUAUUCGUUCACGAUCGCGACCAACUGCUCGCCGAGUCGCUCGAAGCACUACGAACAUCACAAUCGUAGAUGGUCGCUCGAAAAAUCCACCGUCUCUGGCCCGCCAUCGCUCAGCAGAUUUCUCAUCUCGCCGAUGUUGGCCUCUGCGUAUUGUAUUUCAUCGAUAUCGCUCGUAUCAAGCCCGAACGCGCGUGCUAUGGUAAUCGUGUGUCGUUUGGCACUGUGCAUUGAAUCUGCUGAAAUAAUCUAUAGGCAACGAGUCGUCAACGUGCAAAGAACGCGCGGCUCUCUGCGAGAGCCAAAGAGUCAUUUUUCUUUGUUUUUUACGCCAUCGAUAUCAGCGCACGACUCAAAGUGCCGCCGCCGUUACGCCAACUGAUCGUCCUUACUGUGUGCUGCGUUUUCGACAAUGUGCAUAUCGGCCGUACAGACAAUUCGCUGAAGUCCAACUUGAACGCAUGUUUUUCACGUGAUUCAAGCAGUUGCUUUUUAUUAUAAGUAUACAUACAAAAGGAACCACCUGUGUCACGAUCAAACGUCAAGAUGUCCAGUUCACCGGAAUCGAAAAAGCGGAAAGUCGACGAACAAUUGGGGCUUGAGAAAAAAGGUUCGCCCGAGUUGAGCAGUACGAAAGUUCGCAAGCACCGCCUUUCUCUUAAAAAAAGAACACAAGAAAAAUUGAAUUCACAGGAAAUGGAUACUUCCUCCAACGAUCACUCAUACUGUAGUUCACGACGAAGUGAAGUACCAGUCUCAAUACAAACUCAACAUAUGUUAUCUUCUACAAAUGAUGCCAAAGCAAUGUUUUCCAAUGCACUGACACCAGAGAAUAAACCACUUCCAUCAGUUUAUACUCCCAAAGUAUCGCCAUCAAAAUUUUGUGAAAUGGCAUCUCCAUCUACUUUUAAACCAAUGGUAAAAUCAAAUUUAAAUGAAAUAUUAAAAAUACAUACUAAUCUGGCUAAUAAGCUUGGUAUUAAGCCAGAAAUUGCAAAAAAAUACAUAAACAUUCUAACUUCUAAACCAAGAGUUCAUGUUUUCAAAACUGUUGCUAUAACCCAAAAUGCUGAAUCGAUAAACAUUGAUCGUCAUGAGAUUAGAUCACCUACAUUUGGAUUAAAAAAAAGAAAUAAGUCACAAAAGAUUGAUUUAACAAAAUCAGAACAAAAGUCACCUAUGAAUGAGAACCCUGAAGGCAAAGAAAGAGUAAACCAUUAUUUUAAAAGCUUAACAAAGAGUCCACGAAAAGAUGACAAUGCAGGCAAUGUAAAAAAAUCAAAAAUUAAAGAAAGCGGCCAUCAAGAAAUUAUAAAGAAGAAAAAUAUAAAGUUAGAAGUUUUUAGUAAUUCUUCUGAUGAAUUUGAAGCAUCUAAAAAACAAAAUAUUAAUUUCAAAUCGAAUCAGCAACCAGAUAUUUCAACAGAUGAUAUUUGUACAAUAAAUGACACCAAGCAGAACAAUACAAAUGAAGACAAAGCAAGGAGUUUGCGCAAGCGAAACAAGCUUACCAAAAGAGUUGCUAAACACCAUUCAUCUGACAGCGAUGUUAUUUUUAUUUCCGAUCUUCCACCAUUGGAUGUGAAGAAAACUGACAAUGACAAAGAAAAUAGGAAAAAGAAAGAUAAAAAUAAACUAAAAAGUAAUCAGGAAAAUGGUUCUACAUUAAAAGAUUUAAAAGAACAAAAAAGAGUGAAAAAUAAAAAAUCUACCAAAAUAUCUAAAUCCAGUGAUACAGAUUUGAGCGAAGGAUCUUCAAAAGAUAGUAUUUCAGUCAACUGCCAUUUAUUUGGCAAAAAUAUUCACAAAGAAAAAACUGAAAAAACAAAAUCAGUUGAUCAUAAACGCUUGCUUUGCUCAUUUGGAAGUAGUUCACCAGUACACAUUAAAAAUGAAUCCAAAAGAAAUUCUAAUGCAAAUAAUAGCAAUUUUAAAAAAAUGCGAACCAUUGGUCCAAAAUCAGACCAUAAUUAUUCAGUAAUGGAUGAAACUUACUCUUCUUUGGAAUUAUUGAGCUCUCCAGAAAAAUCAGAAGUGAACAACAGCCUUCAAAACAGAACAAAAACUCGACACUCACCCAUUAAAUUUGAUUUGAAGUCUCCAACUCCAAGCCGAAAUAAGUUGUCUGUGCCUUCACAAUGUUCAAGUGUGAAAAUCAUAAGUGAUAAUAAAAUAUCACCUGAAAAUGCCAUCAAAGUGGUUAGUCCCUCUCGGGGCCAAAAAUUGCUCAAAUUAAGUUCAUCAACUUCCAAAGGGAGUUCAAGAGCUGAAACAGAAAAUCGCGAUAACACACCACUGCCGCACGCGCCGAUAAAGGACAACUCUAUUAGGCACAAUAAUGCGACUGCCAUAGCCAAUGGCGUGUCUGGCAAUAAAGUUCAAUCGACCUCAAUAGGACGCACGAAAACAUUAUCUGCCGUUCGUACUAAAAUCAACGCACGGUCGAUGCCAACGAACUGUACAAGUAUUUCGUCAAAGCCACAGCAAGAAACACUGGAAAACAAUAAAAUAUCUUCUACGGCAUUGGUACAUGGUAAAAAGAGUAAGAAAAAAUCGCCAAUUGUUGAUGAUUCAAAACACAUGGAUAGCAAUAGUGAAAAUCAUCAGCAAGUAUCAAUUACGCCAGUAACGAGUGCGCAAGGGAUCAAAUCACGACUAGGACCCAAAAUUGAUCAAUCUUCGUUUGAAAAUGAGCAAUCAAGUAUGCAAUCCAAUUCGGAAGAAUUCGAUAAAGAUUGGGAUGAACUAUGCAAAGAUCUUGAUAUAUUAAAUAAAUGUGAGUUCCUUACGCUUCAUGCUGAAAACCAGUCAGAAAAACUCGUGGUUAAUAAUGAAGGAACCUUUAGUACAGCAGACACAAGCGAAAAGGAUGAUCGAAUUGACAAAACUUCAAAUGAUGAAAAUCCGAAAACUUCGACUCCCCAUAAAAAAUUACAGUUAUGUCUAAAAAGCAUACCGGUAAUUCCUUUAAUGGGAUUGAAAUCGAAUGAUUCCGAUGACUGCCCACAAUCGUCGUCACCUGAUUCGAACAAGAAGUUUUCAACUCCAACCAAAAAAAGAUUGAAACUAAAAACUAUGAGUCCUUCAACUAUGGGAUUAUCGGAUAGAGAUCCAAGAUUAACGAGAUCUAAUAGUCCGUAUAAAAUGUUGAAUUCCAUGAACAACUCUAGUCUGUCAAGCAGUCCAACAAAAAAUUCUGAUUUACUGGAACUAUCCAAUAGCAGACCUAGUAGCCCGAUUUUAUCACCAUCUCCGAAAAAAGAUCCAAGAUUAUUAAGGGGAAGCAGCCGUCCUAGAUCAAUGUCACCUGGUACUAAUUUACCAAAGAAUGGAGAUCCAAUUCGGAAUUCAGAAAGCAGUAUAGUUGAUCCAAGAAUGCGCAAGCGAAAAGAACGCGAAGAAGCCGAAAGAGCAGCUAAGAUAAGUAGAAAUGAAACGAUUAAAGAUGCAUCAAACGAAUCGAUACAUUCACCUGAUACAUCUCAAGAACCGACUACACCAAGUGCAACGGGUAAACGUAAAUUAUCCGUAUUCGACAGACUGGGUAGUGCACGAGCGAAAACGAGGUGUAUUUCACCUUCUAAAAAUACAUCUGUCAAUGAGUUUGCCAGCAUUAUUGAAUCUUGCAAAGCUAACAGAUCUGAAGAUUCGUCUUCAAAAGAAGAUGGAAAUAGUGAUGAUGAUAAUUUGUCAAUAUUUGCUGGAGAUGCGUUUUUCAGCGAGGAAGAAGAUGAUAAUGAUAGUAGUCCUCGACAUAGAAAAUUUACUUCGGAGAGGUCAACUUGUUUGAAAGAUGGCGAAAAAAUAUUAGAAACUCGACCAAGCGUGAGAGAUCGUCUUGGAAAUAGUUCCACGCAUCGUCAAGUAAAGAAUAAUAUCAAUUCAACACAAUCGGUUAGGCCAAGUACGGUAAAUUCAAUGGCAAUUCCACCUUUAAUGGGAGUGAACGUUGGAAAAAUUUUGCCUCCACUAUCAAGACCCAGUGUACACGGAAGAAUUUCUCUUGUAGGAAAUCGAUCAGUCAAUUCAAAUACAGCAACUGCACCAUCCACAUCGAUAAAAUCAAGGUUAACAUUGAACGGUAACGUUAGAUCUCCAAUAGUUCCACCAGACGAAGGCAAUACGUUUGUUCCUAAUCCUAUGGCAGCAGCUGCUGCAAGUAGGAUUGCAUCUACGGGUUUCAAUGAUGCUUUUUAUGAAAUGAACGAAGAACAGAUGAAUCGUGAUAUGAACGAAUUUUACCGUAGCGAAUUGGACAACCCAUCAGUAACUUUUGGUAAUGGAAGCUCUACACCAUUUGAUCACGUAUCCAUGUUGGAUACUCCUAGUACUCCUCGACAAAUUGGCCAGUCUUUUGACCAGAAACCUUUUUUUUACGGAUUUUGCUUUCAAACUCUGCGAGUCGGAAAAUGUUCGCACGAUACGAAUUGUAGAUUUUCUCAUGGGUUGCAGUCCUUGGUCUAUGAAAUCAAACGCAAAAGUCCUUUGGCAGUGGGUAAUAUCUUAGAACAAUGCAUUCGAAGUGACUUUGUCCAUUUUAUUGAGUCAAUUUGGGCCACAGUAUUACCUAUUUUGAAUAACGAUGCUUUUACUAUAUUCGAAAAAUUAUAUAAAGCUUCGAUCCGCUCGAGACAAUUAAUUAGUUCUUUAUUUAACUUUUGUAUGGAUAGACAUCUAUUUACUGUUGAAGCAUUUGUUAAAAAAAUAUCAACAAUUAUUGAUAAAGGAGAUCAACAAUCAGUAGUUACGAUUUGCGGGAUUGUUAAAAAUAAAAUGAAUGAUGGUUUUUGCUGGGAAAGUAUUAAAGAUCUUGCGCAAAAAUGCAUCCUUCCUAAUGAUAUAAUUGAACUAUCAUUGUUACAAUGCCUAAAAAGGAAAAAAAGUGAAGCACACAUAAAAGAAAUCUAUAAUCUAUUAGUUUUUAAAAUGAGUAACUAUGACAGAAGCUCAUUAAAUCAAAAUUUAUUGAAUGAAUUUUAUAGUUUAGUUAAGCGUUUUGGAGUCCAAGUUGACUCAGAUUCUACGAAUUUAGGGCAUGUUACAACAGCAAUUAAUGAACCAAAAAAUCAAGUCGUUUGCCAUUCCCAAAUAAAUAAAACUGGUACGAAAUUCUUUGAAAAUGGGAUGUCUUCAGCAGAAAUUGACAAAUCAGUUGAGUUUGUUGUGAGUAAUCAAAUUGCGAGUCCCACACACGUACCGACCUCUAAUGAGCGCCAACCGAAUAAUUCACCAUUAGAAGUGCAAGCAAAAUCUCCAAACAAAGGCGAAAAUACUAAUUUUGUAGAAUAUGCCGUAAAAAAAAUAGAUAUGGAACAACAAGAUCCAACAAGUGUCUUUAGAAAUCGUUUCUGGAAACUUUACUUAGCUGUAAGAAACAUAGAAGAAGGUUUAUCACAUGAAGAUUAUGAUUAUGUUUGGAAAACGUUGGAUGAAAUGAGCCGCGAACCUGUAAAUGAUGAGCUGGUCCGUCGAGCGUAUUACCAAAUACUUUGCCAAAAUGUUUUGAAAAGCGAGCAACACAUCACAGAAGUAAUUAGGCGAGCAGUAAAAAGUACGUCGUCUACAAAAUCGGUUGAAAUCUUAUUCGAGGUAUGCAUAAGUGCUCUUAUCGACUUGGCCGUUGCGGAACUCUGGCUUAUGGCUCUGCAAUUAUUGGAUUGGGUUAAAAUCAUUGAACCCGAUGAACCAAAAACUGCGUAUGUGCUGAUUCGAGCUGAAAUUUAUUUAGCCAAUUACGAUCCCGUUGAAGCGCUCUACUUGUUACAAAAAACGCGGCUUAUAAGGACUAAUCGGGACGAAUGGCUCACUACAGAUCACACACAACAAGAUUUAUACCACAGGAACAAGAUAGUAUUCAUUUUACUGAAGGCGCUUUCAUUCAACGAUCCAGAAAAAGCAUUUUAUUUGUUCAAUGCUUUGUUGAAUGAUCAAUAUAUAUAUUAUUUUCCCAUUGAUGUCUCUUCAUAUGUGGAUACUUUUAUUUUCUUAUUAAUGUGGCAUAGAAAAAUUGAUUUAGUUGCUGACGUUGGUCGAUUGGUGAUGGAUAAUGAAAUGACUUUCAGAAAAGAAACUUAUCAAGAACUACUCAAUGCCAUACUUCCAUAUGAAGAAACGUUGGCUUUUCAAAUCUUGGAAUACGCAACGAAUCUUGGUUAUUACAAUGAUUUAAAAAUACGAGACGGAUUUGCUACUAUAAUAAUUGAUAGUAAUAUUUUUGAAGAAGAACUUUACUUGAUCAUAAAGAGGAUGGUUUCAAAAAUUAGAAUGGCUGUUGGUCAAGCACUACAUAAACUCAAACCUCAGCAGCUAAAGAUAAACAUAGUUUUUGAGGAUAUACCUGAUGAAAACAGAUUGCUGUUGAAUGAAACAGCUGUAAUUGAAAGGGAUCGUUAUAAACGCGUUAGAAAUUUACUUGUAAAAUUGUUAGGUACACAUUUUACUCCUCCAAUUAGGGUUCAAAAACGAAAAUCAAACAAAUACGUAAAAAUAAUUAGUAAAACUUUGGUUAAUUACCUUAAAUGUUGGUCGUGAAUAAUUAUUAUGUCAGUUUUUGUCAUGCUUUUUCGCAUCUGUCUUGACCUACAUGAAGAUGUAUAUACUUUUUUUGUUGUUGUUUGUUGAUACUACCGAAUGUAAUUCGUCUUAGUUUCGUAAAACUUUUUACUCGUGUAUUUUUAAAUUUAUUUCAACCAUGCUGCCUGUAGAAGUUUACUUGUAACAAAAUUGGUGAUAGUACUCGUACUUGUGUACAGUUGUUCGUUAUGCGACUAUUUUGUAUGUUUUUUUUUAACGAUCUAAUUACACAUGUUUCAUAUUAAAAAUAUGAAUCCAAUAUAUUAGAAUGAC